UUUAUCCAAUCACAUUUAUCGUUUCAUAUCCGGGAUUUGCAACAGCAAUGUUGAUUGGAUAAAAUUCCAAGAUGGCUGCGCCCAGCAAAGUUCUGUGUCUUGCAAAUUUCUGCAGAAUUUCUAGGUUUUAUGCCCCAAUAUGCGCCCGUAGAUUCUCAAGUACGACUGGAAACGAUAAAGGAAUCUCAGAUACGACUGUAGCUCCUCAAAAAGUCAGCGGACUCACUAAAGCCUUUGAGAAAUUUGGAAAAUUGGAGUCUCAAACUGCUGACCCUGAAACCCCUGUUCAAGAAAGCUUCUCAUCUAUGCUCAGAAAUUCACGUCUCAUGCAGAUAGGUGAUCCCAAUGGUGCCAUUCUUGUAGGCAAAAUACGAGAAGUUGUUGCUGAUGAUCUUUAUAUUGACUUUGGAGGAAAAUUCGAUUGUGUUUGCCGCAGACCAAAGGGUCGGUCAAGCGAAUAUCACAGAGGAGCCAAAGUGAAGAUCUGUCUCCAUGACUUGGAGAUGUCAUCAAAGUUUCUUGGAUCGGAAAAACACGUAACUCUACUGGAAGCAGAUGCAACGUUACUGGGAUUAUACUCAGGUGGUAAAAAGUAGCUGGUCAUUUAACAAAAUAUGAUAGACAGUGUGUCAUCAGAUCACCUACAGAUGGACAUAGUUCAAGGAUCAAGUGACAGAGACAUUAUGUGUGGAUUAGUCUUUGAGUUUUGCCAAGAAGACUUAGUGGAUGCUUACUACUAGUAUUAUAGUUCGCCUUCUCGAACUUGGGCUCUCCCACCAUAGCUAGGGUAACCCACAGUAACCAAGAAAAAAAUUUGACUCAGAAAUACAUUCCGAUGCUCUCAGCACAGAUGGGGAGUUGAUUACAGCCCCAGGGAUUAGUAGUGUAUUUGAUCAAUGGGUUACUGAACGUCCUUCAUUGGGUAGAAACUCAUUUCUGAAUGAAUAAAGUUUUAUGAAAGAA